CCAAGGUACCUUAUGUGCAACUUGUUCUUACAAUCACUUCUUCCGAUUUAACAGAUGUCUGGAAUGUCCAAGCAUGAUUGCUACAGUCAUUUCAUGUGUUGCAGUGAUUGUGUUCUUCGCUUUGCUGUUUGUAAUGAUUCUCUGGGGAGACUCCAAACGCACAAGAAGCAAUAAUACUCGUACUGUGGCAGAUGUCAUCAUGUCCUGCUGCAAGAUCGUGAUUGGAUUUUAUCAAGUUGUUGCUGGCAUUUUCUCGGCUUUGGUUGGGGUCCACUGGCCUGUAAUCCUCAUCUCCAUGGAAAAAUGGUUGAAGUUUGUUGAGGGAAACAUUUUGCAGUUUGCACCACUGAGCUGCAUUAAUCAUUUCCUUCGACUGGACCCUUUCAUACAGUUUAUUUUAGCCAUUUUUAUUAAUGCCUUGGUCGUUUCCCUGAUAAUGCUCUAUCUCGUCCUGAAAAAGCGACACAUCAACAAACUGGAGAUUUCCAUCUCCGAAGAAUCCUCCCAAGAAUCCUCCCAAGAAUCCUCCGAAAAAAAGAAGAAAAUCUCAAGAUUGAAGAAGUCGUGCUAUCGAAAUAUUUUGCUUUUUCUCCUUUUGUCAUACCCAGUCACAAGUAAGAAGAUAAUUGACAUUCUGCCCUUGCCUGGAAAUUGUGUGAACGUUUGCUUCGACAAAGAUGGAAGCGAAUGUAUUUCUCUUCUGAAGGCUGAUUACUCCAUCCAGUGUUUUACCACUCUACACGAUAACUUCUGGCCCAUUGCAGCUGUCUUUGCGCUGUAUCCUGCUGUCUUUCCGUUGUUGCUGCUGUUUCCCAUUUACAAGUACCGUAAGUGUGAUCCUGAGAAAGACGAAAUGGCUUUUGGUUUCAGAGUGUUUUUCGAAAAUUAUGAAGAGAGCCGCUGGUUUUGGGAGAUUGUGGAGAUGUACCGAAAGCUUGCGUUAAUCGCAUGUAUCCCUCUGUUUGAGUCCGACAGCCUUUCUCGGAUUGGUUUUACCUUGAUCACAGCCGGUUGUUCUGGAAUUGCAUACACCAUCUUUCGACCAAUGAAAGGAAAAUUUGAAGAUCGACUCCAAACGUUUGCGCUUUGGACAAUAUUCUUCAACGUUAGCUUCGGCGCAAUCUAUUCACAACCUGACGUCAGCAGGAAUCAAGGAGAAAACAACUCUACGUUUAUCAACCUAGUCUUUGUUUUUCUCAAUGGUGCCGUGUUAAUAUGGUCCGUAGGUAAGUAUUUCCUGCAGCACAAAAAAAAAAAACUAAAUAAAGUUCACAUCGUUGUUUAACUAAGUACUAAACCACUAGAAGAGGGUGUGAAAUAAUGUCAGUGGUGCGGUGUGUACAGUUAACAGAGUGGCCGUAUUAAAAGAGUUCUUUAAAUAAAAAAAAUUCACUGACCGAGCUUUUGUUUGGGCCAGAAUUAGUUGACCUUUGAAGUAACGUGGUGGCCGCAUGAACUGGGUGGCCGUAGGCCGCGGUUCCAUCGUAUCAAGGACAAUGAUCUUAAAAAGUCUGUGGUGAAUUGGAGGUACCAAAUAACGAGAAGGCGCGGUAGCGUAAAGGAACAUUAAGAGGAGGAAUAAUCGACCCUCUUCAUUGAAAACACGAGACUCAUUUCGUCUCGUCUCACUCUUUUAUCUCAUCAGCAGAGGGAUUGCUUUAUCUGAGGGCAAACUGGUCCGCACUAUGUUCCUGCCCAGUGCGAUGUUUCCACCUAAUCUGUCGCAGAUGUCUUGAAGAUCGUCACAGAGGAAACACUUACUAUCUUCUUCCACCAGAAGACGAGGAACUGAUCGUUAUGGACUAGAGCUAUGAGUAGAAGCCUUUAUAAUGGCCGUUUGCAUAACUCUUCAUAACAUUGAAAUGAAGGCCGCUUUUGGUUUGUUUUGUUGUUUUUUUGUUUGUUGACAGGCUAGCUAAACGUUGCACCUAAAAGGAUAUAGAUCGUUUUCACGUGACGUCAUCACUUUCUAAAAUCCAAAACUAAAGAGCCACCAA